AUGUACGGCGGCGAGGGUUACGGCGCAACUGGCAGAGAGGGGUAUGGCGGAGGCGGCGGGUGUCCGCCUGAGGAGAUUUACGGACGGGCAUACGGGGGACGGGGAGCUGGGAGGUACGGGGGCGGGGAAGUUGGCUGGGGAUACGGCGGAGGGUAUGGGGGAAGCUACGGGGGUGGAUACGGGGGAAGCAUGGAGGCAGGGGACGGGCAUAGAGGAGCAAUGGGAGCGGAAUGGGGAUAUGCAGAAGGAAGUGGAUGGGAGGGGAGGGGGGAAGGGGGAGCUCUUGGGGGCAUCGCGGGGCACGGUGGGGAAGGCAUGGGGGACUCUCUGCGCCGUCGGGGGAAUGGGGAGAUGGGGCUGGCCGAAGGGGAAGGCGGGGAGGCGGAGGAGAAGGGGAAGAAGGGCGGAGGCUGGUGGCGGUUGUUUGGGGGAAGAAAGGGCGGAACGGGGGAGAAAGGCGGGGAUGUGGGGCGAGGCGAACAAGAAAGGUGGGAGGAAGGUGCGGGGGAGGGGGGGGAAGCGCGGCAGCAAUGGGGCGUGGGGGGGUAUGGGGGCUACCCAUUGGGCAUGGGGGAGGAGGUGGGAGGGUGGGGGUAUGGCAUGUAUACGGGGGGAGGAUACGGCACACAUGCGGGAGGAGGUGGUGAGAUGUACGGGGCAGGGGGGUAUGGGGCAGGGGCUUAUGGGGAAGGAGGAUAUGGGGCAGAGGGGUAUGGGGAGGGAGGAAAUGGGGCAUGGGGAUAUGGGGAAGGUACAUAUGGGGAAGUGGAAUGGGCAGGGGCGCAUGAGGCAGGGCAUUACAGCGGCGUUGUGAGGGGAGAGGGCGAAGUGGGAUCUAACGGGGUGGCGGAGCUGGGUGCUUCUCACGGCCCUGCUGCUGCUGCUGCUGGUGCUUCCGGUUCUGCUGCUGGUGCUUCCGGUUCUGCUGCUGGGGCUUCUGCUGCUGGUACUGGUGGAGGGGCGGAGCAGCCAAGGCGGUCAAGCGUGGGGGAUGCAGGAGAGGGAAAUGGGGGCGCAGCAGUGGGCGGGCAGGAGAGGGAGGGCAGUGCGGGCAGCGGAGCGGUGCUUGCAGGGACGGCGAUCGGAGGGGCGGAGACACAGGCGGCGAGGGCAGCAGGGGUGGCAGGGGCAGGCGUGGCAGUGGAGGGCGUGAUGACGACGGGGCUGACGACAGCGGGGUUCAAGGUGCGGCGGCGGGGGCGGCCCGUGGUGCAUGGCAGGGCGUCGGGGUACGACGAGGACGAGGCGUGGAGCCCUGGAGGCGACCGCAGUGGCGCGGCAGGGUGGGGUGUUGAGGAGAGGGCGAGUGUUAAGGGGGGGGACGGGAGUGUGGAGGCGGGGGGAGCAGGGAGUGAGGAAGGGGACGGCGGGGAUGGAGAAAGUGGGGAAUCGGGAGAAGAGAGGAGUGUGGGUUCAGGAGAUGGGGAGGAUGAGGAGGGCAGCAAAGGGGAGGGGAGCAGAGAGGGCAGCGAUGGUGCAUCAGAGGGGGAGGCGAGGGAGGGCGAGAGGGCAGGGGAGUCACGGCAGGAGUGGGAAUGUGAAGCCUCGCCAGGAGCGUGGGGGCAGUACCCCUCUCCUGCGCCUCACCACUACGCACCGCCCCACCCAGCCUUCCAGCACCCCUGGGAGCACCAACGCCCCAACGAUCCCUGGCAGACACAUGGCAGGCAGGCACAGGGGGGACACCCCUCACCUGCAGCGCACGGCUCGCACCCACAUGACCCCUGGCAGCAGCACGGCGCGCACUCACAUGCCGCCCAGGGGGCUUACCCUGCCGCUCACCACCCCCUCCCUGCCGCUGCUGCUGCUGCUGCCACCGCUGUUGCCCCUGCUUCUGGGUCGCACACCCCCCUCACACGCAGCCCUGGUCCGCCCCCACACGCGAUUCAGCCCCCUCAAGGCACCGCUGCAGGGGCAUGGGGAGGGGCAGGGGUUGGGCCAUGGGGAGGGGGAUGGGGAGGAGCGGCGGGGUGGGGAUGGGGAGGGGCAGGAGGGGAGGGAGGCGUGCAUGCGUUGAGAGGAGGGCCGGGGGGAGGCAGGGGAGGGGCACCUGGCAGUAGAGGGUUGCGGCGGGGGAGACAGGCCGGAGGGGGGAACGAGAAGGAUUCAGGCAGCGACCGGGGCGAGGGAGAGGGGAGAGGCGGAGCAGGGGAGAGGAAGGGCAGGGCGUGCUCUCCGGAGGUAGGAGGCGCCGAGGGGAGGAGGCGGCGAGCAGGCAAGGCAGGGUGGUGGGCGGUGCAGUGGCAGCUGUGGCGGCUGCAGCCCCGGCGCUCCCUGCUGCUGCAGGGCGGCCUUGCAGCCCUGGCGCUGCUGCUGCUCGCUGCCACUCUCGCCUCCCUCACUGCCUUGUGGGCGUGGGGAGGGGGGGAUGGCGGAGGUGGGGAGCAAGGAGAGGGCGGGGGGGGAGUGGGGCUAGGGGAGGUGAGGACGUGGGGAGGGGAGGGGAGAAGGGUCCAAGGGGCAGGGUUGACGCCAGGGAGACGCAGGUGGGGGAGGGGGAGGGGCGAGAGAGGAAAGGGUUUGCCUCGAGUGGCGCUGGGGCGUGCAGCGGGAGCGAGUGAGGCGGGGCGGCGAGGCACGGACGUGUAUGAGGCGAGCAGUGUGGGCGAGCGGAUGGGCGAGUGGGACGAGCAGGCGGGGCUGGAGGUGCAUGUGGGCACGGCGGCACCGCCCCUGCACGGAGAUAGCCUCACCUCCGGGGGGGAGGUGAGUGGGAAGGGCGGGGCAACAGCAGAGGGGCCAUCAGGAGCGGGGCGGCAGUGGUACGUGGCGGUGCACGUCGCCCACGCCAUGCAGACGUGGCCUCGCCUCGACUUCUCCCUCUCCGACGCCUUCCAGGUGCCCUCUCAUGCUCAUAAGUGGCUGGAGUUCGCCCGCUACAGCGGCGUGGCGCACGUGUUUUGGUACGACAUGGCGGACGACCCGCGGGAUCGCAUGGAGGUGGCGUUGGAGCGGUACGAGCGGGACGGCUUCAUCACGUACCACCACUUCCCCUCACUCGCGCCUUCCCUGCCCGCCCACCACGGGGCCAGUCCCCGCGACCAGGCGCUGCACCACUGCCUCACGCACCACGGCAGCUCUGUUGUCUGGCUGCUGCCUCUCACCCCGGUGGACUACCUCUCUGUGCCGCCCGACAUCAAGCCGGGCUUCGCCGACCGCUUCCUGCGUGCCUACGAGGCCCGCCGCCCAUCCGCGUCCCAGCUGCUGCUGCAAACCUUUCUCUUCCUCGGUUUCCCCCAGAACGCCUCUGCUCUCCUCAUCCAGCGAUACCAGCGCCGCACCAACCACUCUGACGGCGUGUCCCUCAGUCCUCAGGCUCGGGUCGUGCCUGUGGUCCGGCCGGACCUGGUGGCUCGGGUGCUAUGGCGCAACCCGAGUCACCUGCUCAUGACAGGUGGCAGCACUAUGGCGCUGCCAGCUGGCGCCAUGCGGGUGAACCGAUUUGCGAGUGCGCUGCAGCAGAUGCCAGGCACAGGCACCCAGCGUGGGACGGACAUGGUAGUCGACACCUCGCUGCAGCCGUUGGUGCCGGAGCUGGCGAUGAUGCUCGAGAGGAGCCAGCAGGCAGGCAGACUCAAACUCCCCGGUGCCACUGCACAUGGCACUCUCGGUGGCUUUAACUG